UCUCACCCUCUCUCUCCAAACUUUGGAGACUUUUGCGCGUCCGCAGGGCGCAUUGUGGACUUUGGUGAUUUGGAGUGUCUGAAAACUUUCAGCGUGAGAAAAACUUCAAAGCCGAGCAGAAAAAGUUCCCUCGUCUCUGAGGCGGGGAGAAUGAUCCUGCGGGGGGACCAGCUGCCGCUCCAGUGACAACAUGGAGUUCUUUCGAGGUGAAGGAGGAGGAGGAGGAAGAAGGUGGAGACUUCGUCAUGUCGUGCCUGUCGUUCUGCUGUGGAUGACCCUGCACAGACACGUACUGGGCUGCAGCUACACAAACUGUAACCUGUUGCUAACGGAGGCCCAAGGGGAAAUCACAUCACCAUGCUACCCUGAGAGAUACCCCAAUUCGCAGAGCUGUAAGUGGAUCAUGCAAGCCCCCACCGGGUUCAUUAUUCAGCUCUCCUUCCUGGACUUUGACCUGGAGGAAGCGCAGGGAUGCAUCUACGACAGGGUGGUGGUGAAUACAGGCAACACUGAAGUUAAGUUCUGUGGUCUGACGGCCAACGGGCUGACGCUGAACUCAACAGGGAAUGAGAUGACGCUCUCCUUCACCGCUGACUUCAGUGUGCAGAAGAAGGGCUUCAAAGUUAGCUUCCAACAUGUUGCCGUAGCACUGAGGAACCAGAAGGUCAAGAUAAGCAGUGACAAUGGGCGAGUCACCAAGGUGACCAAAUCUGUAUCCAUCCCUGUGCUCACUCAGCUGACCGUCUGCUUUGAGGUGGAGCGCAGCAGCCAGAAAGAGAAAGAAUGGAUCUUCACGUACUCUGACACUAGCAGCAAUGUGCUGCUGAGCUUUGGCUCCGAUGGCACUGGGAUGAAGAUGGUUGUGGAUGGAGUGGUCUGUCCAAUAGACAACAUCAUCUCCCCCUAUGACUUCACUUACUCUAUGAAGUUCUUCUGUGUCCUCUGGACAUCAUCAAAUGGACGAGUGGCGAUUUAUUUCAGUGGAAACUACAGGGCCAAGGCCUGCUCGACCUCCUCUGGACACUCUGUGCCGGCUGGUGGAGCGUUCCGGAUAGGAGGGGACCAGAGCUUUGACGGGAAUAUCUACAACCUGCGGCUGUGGGAUUAUGCCAUGUCCAUUCAGCAACUCGGCACAUUAAAAUGUGGUGAUGUGGGGAAUGUGAUUGACUGGGACAACAGUUACUGGACCAUCCCAUCCUCUCUGGCUCAGACCGACACCUCACUCAGCUGCAGUGUCUUCCCAGGGAGCAGCACUCCCCUCAUUACCAGCUGUGACUCCCCUGCACUGGGCUGCCCAGAGGAGGAGUUCUACCGGUUUGAUUUUGUGGUGGAGGACAGCAGCUCUGCACUGAUGCAGGAGGCUGUUGAAUCAGCCGUGGCUCUGUGGCUGAAUGAAUCUUUUCAGAACUGGAUCCACAAAGUCCACAUAGAGAACAUCAGGGUUGAGCUGCGUUCACAGACCGCAGGAAUGCCAAGCAGUUAUGACUGCCAGGGUCUGCUGGUUUAUACCUACAUCACCAGUGAGAGUCUGAGCGUCAUUGAUGACGUGUCUGCCCGGCUCAGACGGGGGAGCAUGGAGGGCAGCCUGCAGAUCCAGAGCACCUCUGUUGAAGUCAGAUGGAUCGAAAAUUGUCCGGAGGACUACCUGUGGCCUGAAAGCAGACCUACUGUCACUCGGUACCUGCCCUGCUUCCCCAACAAGGAACAGAGUAUCUCCAGGACCUGUUUAAUCAGUCCACAGAACUACUCAUCCUACUGGUCGGAUGAAAACAUCACCAACUGCACAGAUAUCGACUCUAUCCAGGUGUCGGCAGAAAAUGCAUCUGAUGUUGCGGAGCAGCUCAAAGCUUUCACCAACAACAAGCUGACCGAUGACCAGGUGUCUAAAGUGGUGUCAAAGGUGGAACAGCUGGUAAACGUAGCUAAGAUCAACAUCACGUUAGCCUCCAGCAUUGUCACCAUCAUCUCUAACGUCAUGAUCAGCUCAGUGACGGUGCCUGCCUCAGACAAAGCACUGAAAACAGUAGAUGAGUUGGUGCAGAAGAUCCAGUUUGAUGGACCGUUCGUCGGGAUCAAUUCCAAAAAUCUGGCUGUCGGAAUACUGGCAUUCAACACAACCAUGUUUCGUGGAACAACCCUUAGUGCUUUCAUACCUCCGAAUGAGUCUGACCCACAGAUCGAUUUCAAGUCUGAGCAGGUGAAUCCUUUAGCUCAGGUCACCCUUCCUGCCUCUUUACUGUCCAGCAUCUCUAACAUUGAAGCUGAUACAUUGUCCCGGAUCAACUUCAUGUUCUUCAACAGCCCCAAAUUUUUCCAGAAAGAAGAGGAAAAGCUCUCUUUAAUCAGCUACGUGGUGGCCAGCAGUGUAGGAAACUUCUCCAUCCGCAACCUAAUGGAUCGAGUGAAGAUUGAGAUAGCUCACCGCUCUGAGCAGUCCACUGGGAAUCCAGUUUGCAUGUUCUGGGACUUCACCAAAAAUGAUGGUACUGGAGGCUGGAACAAAGAAGGCUGUGAAAAAUCCUCUGAAUCCACCACCAACAAAACCGUCUGCCUCUGUAACCACCUCACACACUUUGGCAUCCUCAUGGACAUAUCUCGGACUUCAGCCUCCAUAGAUGAUAAGAACAACAGCAUUCUGACCUUCAUCAGCUACAUCGGCUGUGGCAUCUCCGCCAUCUUCUGUGCUGCUACGCUGCUUACAUACAUCGCCUUUGAGAAACUGCGGCGUGAUUACCCAUCAAAGAUCCUGAUGAACCUCAGCACAUCCCUGUUGUUUCUCAACAUGGUGUUCCUGUUGAACAGCUGGUUGAGCACCAUGGAAAACGAUGGGCUGUGCUUGACUGUGGCCAUUUUCCUGCACUACUUCCUGCUAACCUCCUUCACCUGGAUGGGGUUGGAAUCAGUCCACAUGUACAUUGCUCUGGUCAAAGUCUUCAACACCUACAUACGCCGAUACAUCCUGAAGUUCUGCAUCGUGGGAUGGGGCCUCCCUGCCGUGCUGGUCGGGAUCGUUGUGGCGGUGGACCGAGAUGCUUACAGAGCAGCAGAUUACGCAGGAGGAUCAAAGUUCUGCUGGAUUAUGAAUGAAGCCGUCUUCUACGCCACCUGCGUCGGUUACUUCUGUCUGGUGUUUCUGCUGAACGUGGCCAUGUUCGUCGUGGUGAUGCUGCAGAUCUGCGGCCGCAACGGCAAACGCAGCAACCGCACGCUGCGAGAGGAGGUUCUGCGAAACCUGCGGAGUGCCAUCAGCCUCACCUUCCUGCUGGGAAUGACGUGGGGCUUUGCAUUCUUUGCUUGGGGACCCGUCAGGCUGACAUUCAUGUACCUCUUUGCCAUCUUCAACUCGCUGCAAGGUCUCUUCAUAUUUAUUUUCCACUGCGCCCUGAAAGAAAAUGUGCAGAAGCAGUGGAGGAGAUACCUCUGCUGUGGCCGAUUCAAGCUGUCAGACAACUCAGACUGGAGUAAGACAGCUACCAACAACACGAAGAAGGUGAGCUCAGAGAACCUGGGCAAGUCUCUGUCCUCCAGCUCCUUCGGUUCCACCACCGCCAACUGGACCUCCAAGGCUAAAGCGACACUCAACCCAUUUAAACGACACAGUAACACAGCUAAAUAUUACUCCAAACAGACCAACCCAAAGUGCAUCUCCUCAUCCUGUUCCUCCUCCGAGGUGGAGCCCAACUCCUCUUCCUCCUCAUCUUCCAUCCUUCCUGUCAGCCAGAUGAUUGACAAGGUGAAAGGUUACUGUUCCACUCACUCUGACAACUUCUGCAAGAACAUCAUCAUGUCUGACACCUGCACCCACUGCACCAGGUUUUAAAUCUGUCCUCACCACUUCUGCAGGCUCUCAGUGGAAUAUGUUCUAGACCUCCAGCAUUGUUCUAGAAACUUUAUAACAUCCUGUCAACAACUUCAUUGAAAGGCUUCUGUUAACGGUUCAAAUAUGAAGCUCAGCAGUGGAACACGAGUCAUUAUUCUGUGCCUGCCGCUGAACAUUAUUGAACCUUUUGUGUUCUUCUAAUAUUUCAGAACUCCAGCUUCCAACAAUCCAGUCUGUUGGAUAUCUUCCUAAGAUUUUAGAACUUUAUAAGAGCCUUUGCUGUUUGGAAAAAUCUGUGUUUUGAAACUUAUCCAAGUAUACUAAAGCUUUAUGACAGCCUCAUUUCAGGAGAAAGGUUGUUUUUAUUGUGCUAAAGACCAUUAUAGAAGUUCCUCUGAUAUUCUAGAACCUUCAAGUCUUUUUAGCAACUCCCAGUUGAGUGAGUUGAAUUACAGAACAUGAUGAGUUAUUGCUCUGAAUGUCCUGCCAUACAUUCUAGAACCUUUUGUACUUUCCAGAACAACAGUGAGUGAUCCUUAUGUUGUUGGAGAUGGAUUCUAAAACUCUCUCAGAGCCUCAAGAGUUGGCAAAGUUUUGAAUUCCAGAAUUUAUCGAAGCGUUCCAGAGCUCUGAUGGCCUCAUUCACUGACGGCUUUUUCUGAAAAUGAGAUAGUCCCGCAACACUGUGCAAACCAACACCCAAACAAACAUGUUAGAAGCUUUCUGGUGCUGACCCAACAUCAGAGAUGCCCAUGGCUCUCAGAACUUUAUUGAUAAAAAUUGUGUGUCGAUAUACGUGUUGUAGGAGCCCCAUAUUUUAAUGUACGUUUAAUUGGACAAUCAGCAAAAAUUCACAAUUUGUGUUAUCAUUUACAUUAAAUUUCCAUGGAGCUAGCUGGUUUGUUAGCGAAAACACUGAUUAAAUAGCAUAGUUUUCUUUAGUACCAAUGCAGCAUAUAGAAUAUGCAGUGACGUUUGUAUGAAAGUCCCUGCUUAUCAAGAAAUAUGCCUUCUCAUGAAAUAUAUUCAAAAGGCAGCCUGUGAAGUCAUCAAAAUUAAGUUAAGCUUGCCACAAAUUAUUCUGGAUAAGAAUGAUAAGGGAAGCUACAGGUGGUCAGUGAUGCUGAUGUGAUUCUACUGUAUCAUAUCAAAUUACCAGAAUCGGUUGACUUGGCUGCCAGACUGUAAGAGGAAACUAGGAGCAGGGGAGGGAAGAAAGGAAAAAAACACAAGGCAGACAAAAAUGAAAAAAUGUUGUGAUUGAAGAAAUAAUAGACUCUUAGGUUUGGCAUCUUUUUAAUACUGUGAUGUUUAUUAAAACUGUCCAUUUGUGCACGUGUGUGUGGAGCCAUACCCUCUGUAAAUAUAGAUCUGUCUAUUCUAUGUGCCUUAUUUUAUUGUUAAAACCUGUCCGGAUGGUUGCGUUUGUUCAUGCCUUUGUGAGGUCCUGAAAGGGUCACUGCAACUGUACAUACUUCAUAUACAUGCUCUGAGACUGAAGUUGUGAUGACCAAAAGGUUGACACACAAAAAAGAGAAAGUAAAAGAAUAUGAUCUUCACUGGGAAAACAAAGGCCGGUUGAUCAAAGGUGUUUUCAAAUAUCCAUUUAGCAUAUUUACAUUCUAUUAAAAAUACGAUUAUGAAGAACAACACUUGGUAUCUUUCUACUGAUCUGCUCACAUUUAUCAACACAUAUUUGAUUUUAAAACUGCAAUUUUGAAAAUGUCUUGCUGAUAUAUAAUAAUGGUAAUAUUUCCCACAUUUUUGGUGGUUUAGUGGAUAAUAGAAAGUCAAUCCAGUGGCUGGUGAAGCUUUCUUGUGCAUGUCAGCCAAAGUUUAGCAAUCAUUUAAGGUGGGAUUUAUGGUAAAUGCUUUACUGUUCAAAUAUGUAGUUUUGUUUCCUUAUUCUCAUUCAAAUAUCUGUUUUUGUUCAGACUUUUUUAAUAGCUUUGUUUUUUUAGAUGAUGUAGAUCCUAUAGCCUAAAGGACUUAUGGAUAAGUUCACCCAAAUCCCAGCACAAAUGUAACGUCCACCCCUGCAUUCAUUUGGGUUUUUGUUUAUGUUCACCAAUUGAAUACAAAGAAGAUAAAGCUCAGCAUCGAUGUGUGUUUUAAUAUCAAAUGUCCUAAUUACUACAAGUAUUCUACAGAGAGAACAUUUUUCAAAGGGAAGUCUGUAGACAGCGAAGUCUGUAGAUUACCCAGAGGUCCUGGAAGUGCAAGUGAAAUUCCAUCCAUGCACUUUCUUGUGGUGGCAAUUAUCUCAAACAGAGAAGAUUUAAACAUGUUGGCAUGAAAGAUGAGGGGAAGGAGCAGUGACAGUCUACUUUGGUUCUUGUAAUUUGGCUGACUUGAACUGUAAAUUUAUAUGUAAAAAUACAUGAGCCAUGAUGUAUAAUUCCUGUUAGUAAUUCCUUUGUUUAAAUACUGCAUGCAUGCAGCCACCUCCUCACAUGGAUUUACCACUAGAAUAUCAUUAAUAAUUUGGCCCCUGAAGAACAUUUCAUCAUCAAGAAAGAUAUUUGGAAGUUUUUCAAUUAUGUUUGUAUCAAUUUAGGAAUUUUACCUUAAAUCUAAACUUAAAACUUUCUAAACAUACUUUCACCUUAGCUGCAGUUUGGUACAUGCUAUAUACAUAUAAAUAUAUAUAAAUAUAAUAAACUAGAUGUAUAUCAUUUUCCAUUUAGUAGAGAGUUUUGAGAGUCUACAUUUAAAUCCCCUUGAGGUCUAAGCCAUCAUAAGUGGUAACCUAACCUGAUAUUUUAAAGAAAUCGGAGUUUUGUGGAAACAGUGAAACAGUUUCUGAUGUUGUCAUCAUAAAUUGAUUGUUUUCUUUGCUCCCUGACUGUAAGAACAAUUUAUUAAGAACAGAAAUUAUAUGUUCUGAUUGCCCAGGAUUCAGGUGAAGACCUGAAACUUUAUCCAGUUUGCCACCAAACAAUUGAUCUUAAUCUUUGUUUUUUUAGUAGACUUAGAAACAUACACUCUGUAUGUUAGACCAUGUGUUGAAUAUGAAAUUGUAGUGUGGGAUCAGUAUUUAAAGCUGCAAAUAAGAGGUUCAGUUAGAGGUUUGUCUGAAAUGUUCCCUGUUACAUUUAGAAAAAUGUAAAAAUACAUAUUGUAUGUGAUAAAUGAUACAGAGAGACAUAUUUAGCGCUGGAGCUACAUCCAUAUAAAACAAUCAGUUUAUGUUGCAGUGCACCAUUUUAUGGUGAUGAUUUGUCAGCACCAGAAAGUCUCAUGAAUCCUUCUAAGUGGGAAAAGCAUCUUCCUGUUUUGGAGAAUUCUGUUCCUUUGGAGCUUUUGUGUUUAUUGUGUAGUAUACUAUUUAUUUUGUAAAUGGCCGUACCUUUCCCUCUGUCUGGUUAACCACACAAUCAACUGAAAGGGAAAACUUUGGAGGAGGAACACAGGGACCUGUCUGAAGUAUUUUUGGCAUUCAGACUCGUUGGGCCUCCGCUCAUCAACUGUUGGCUAACCGGAACCUCUAUUGUCUACAUGGAGCCAAGAGCGUUCCACACUGCAGAACCAUUGUGUAGUCAGUAAAGCACGUAUUGUACGCCCUGACCCUGUUUCUUUUUGCUUUUGCCCAGAGUGGCAGAAGAAUGCACUCUUCCACCCUCAGAAAUCAUUCCCCAGAGACUGUGAACGAAGAGUGGAGGCCUCUUUGGCAGCUCCAUGCAGGGGCAUAGCUCAGUGAUCCUGUCAGUCGCUGGACUGGCUGCAGCCUGAGGGUGGAGAAAACAGUUGUACUUUUUCUUGCACCUAACACAUGGCCAAAGAUUGCCAAAUAUAGACCGCUGAAUGACAAAAGAUUAUUCCACCUGUAAUUAUGCUGGGGAUUUUUAAUAUCAAAUAACAUGUUAACUGAACAGGAGUGACAGUCUUUUUUAAUGCAGACCCACCUAGAAAUGUUCAUAUCAAGCAUGACUAUCCAGAGAAAGUGCACACACACACACACACACACACACACACACACACACACA